AUGGCGGCAAUGUUCAGUCAAAACCCGCUCAUGAACGGCCCAAAUUACUCCUUCAGCCAAGCACCAACAACCGCAGGAGCAGGCUUCAAAGAGCAUUCUUUCUACCCAUAUACUGACAAUGGUGGCUCAACCCUCGCGAUCUCCGGCAACGACUUCAGCAUCAUUGCAGGCGACACACGAUCCACCUCCGGCUAUAAUAUCAACACCCGCUACGCCCCGAAAGUCUUCAAGAUCGGCGGUACAACAUCAUCCCAAGACGAUGCCACGCUUGUUCUAUCAGUCGUAGGGUUUGCUGCGGAUGGAGAGGCACUGAAGGAGCGUCUAGAUACUAUUGUCAAGAUGUACCGAUACCAGCACGGCAAGCCCAUGAGCGUCAAGGCCUGCGCACAACGAUUAUCAACCAUUCUAUACGGAAAGCGGUUCUUCCCCUACUACGUUACUGCGAUUCUGGGUGGACUGGACGAAGAGGGCAAGGGCGCGGUGUACUCAUAUGAUCCGGUGGGCAGCUACGAGCGGGAGCAGUGCAGAGCAGCGGGAGCGGCAGCAAGUCUGAUUAUGCCAUUCUUGGACAACCAGGUCAACUUCAAGAACCAGUAUAUGCCAGGUAGCGGAGAGGGACAUGCGCUGCAGGAGCGAGAGAAAAUCCCGUUACCGAGAAAUGAGGUUGAGGAUUUGGUCAAGGAUGCGUUUGAUAGUGCGGUGGAGAGACAUAUCGAGGUUGGUGAUGGACUUCAGAUCUUGAUUAUUACGAAAGAUGGAAUUGAGGAGAAAUAUUUGCCCCUCAAGAGGGAUUAG